AGUGCACAUGAACGAUAAAAUCAAACUCUAUGUAAAUGUCUUCCGUCUAUCCUGGGAUAUACCUGAGUUUCACUCAAUAAAGCCCUUUAAUAUGACUCUCAGGGCUUAUGAACGCAGAUAAAUGGACUGCCGAUACUUUUGUAUCGGUCGAUAACGCGAUUUCGGCUUUAUCAUCGACGCUAGAGAGGAGCUUUGCCAUUAGGGAUUCGCUGUACCAAGAUGUGCUCUUUGGAUUGAGCAAGGGCGUGGACCAAUCCACCAAGGCGAGCGCAAUUUUGACAGUUGCAAACUCAAUAAACGUACAUUAUGGAAGUGACCUGACGUACGAACGAGACGGUAAGGUUCUGGCCAAGGAAGAGCUGGAAAAGAUGCUCUCUAAGGAGCUCGUAGAGAUUGUGGAAUCCUUUGCAAGGGGAGAAGAAGAGGAUUUUCAGCAUGAAAUCGUAAAGCUGCUCUUCACAGCAUCAGCCUACCUCCCUUUGGAGAAGUGCAACAGAAUAUUUACGACCGAAUUAAUAGGAAAAAUAAUUCGUAUCGCAGAAUGUACAAGCCCUGAUUUUAAUAGAAACAUGGACUUGUGGACAUCCUCAAUAUCGAUCAUAAGGAACGUGAUACCGUCGGUAAAUAUGCCGAACGAAUUUAUAACUAGGCUCAUAGAAUGCAUUAAUGGACACGUGCAUGAAACCUGCGUCCAACUAUGUCACAUUCUGGUGAUUAAGGUGCUCUUUCCAAAAAUUAAAAGCAUGCAAGACUCAGGAACGUUUUGUGGAGUAUUAAACAGCAAUCCAGGAUUCGCUAUAAAAGUGUCUAGGAGUAUCGUCGAUUAUCUUUCUUCUGUUCUGAGUUCUAGCAAAAACCCCGUGUUGCUAUCCACAGCGUGUAUAGCGCUAGUCAGCAUUUGCGAAUAUUCUUGGGGAGUUGACCUGGUUUUAAACUCUGGAACCCUGAGAAAAGUUGUGCAUCUCGCUCUAGUCGUGGCAAACCAAAAGAGGUCGUUUUCUAGCUACCAAAAAGCUGGCAUAUACGCGAGCAUAGAUGAAGCUAGGACUCACACAGAACAGGUCAUAGGAACAUCCCCAAAAACGUUAGAGGACUUGCAUGAGUUAAGCUUCAAUGCUCUGUCCGUAUUGAGCAAGAUGGCCUUUACAUCCAACCAUCGGCAAAUUUUGGCGAUGCUGGACAAUGAAAUCCCAGAAGUUUUGGUAAAACUCUUGGACUGCCCGGAUAGUACGCCAAAGGUAAAGGCCAGGAGCUGUAACACACUUGGAAAUUUGGGCUGUGAAACCGACAAUGAGGUUCAACACAUUAUAGAUUCUGAUGCCUUCUACUCACUUAUGCACACAUUUAGGUCAGACAUUGAUCUAAACACCAGAAUAGAGUCUGCCUACGCCAUUUGCGCCUGCGCAUCAAAGGCUAAUCGGAAGCAGGUUGGUUAUAUCAUAUCCUGCAACUCAAGGACUAACGACAUUGGUGACGGGCAGUGUAUGAUGCUACUAUGCGAUAUGCUAGAAUUCAUUGAGCGGUGUGAUCCCUCAAACGAGAGCAUAGUCAAGCUCUGCAAGGUCGUGUUGAAUGGUUUGGAGAACAUUUUGAGGGCAGGAGUUCACGAAAUCAAGACGUACAACCUCGCUGGAAACCCUUACAUCAAAAUGUUUGCCGAUGUCCAGGGCGACGUUAGACUCGCAAGACUAUGUUUCUUCCCGGAGUAUAACAUCGCCAGAAAGGCCUUUGGCAUCCUGAAUCAACACUUUGACCGACCGAAAAUUUGGAAUUUGUAA